ACCAUCACACAGCAGCCAACCGUCUUGAAUCCAUACUUUCAGCCCAGAGCAAGUCACAAAACAACCAGAACAAAAUGGGCGGCCAAAGCAGAGAUGGCGGCAAAGCCAAGCCCCUCAAGGUCCUCAGCCACCCUCCCUUUUACCACCACCACCACCAGACUGGAUUCCGCAACCUAUGUACAUAGCAGACAACUGACCCAACAUGUGCAAAACCGACAGGCCCCGAAGAAAGGCCCCAAGGAACUCGACGAGGACGACAAGGCCUUCCUCGAGAAGAAGCGCGCCGGUGUGCAAUAUCCCGCCCCUUAUCUAACGCCAUGAUCCACCUUUCCCCGGAGGCUGACUGAAGUUGGGGUGCAGAGGAAAAGGCCAGGAAGGAAUUAGCUGCCAAGGCAGGCAAGGGUCCUUUGAACACGGGCGCCCAGGGCAUCAAGAAGUCCGGCAAGAAAUAAACCCUCCAGCAUUGACUUAAAC